AUGGCUCAACAGUCUCCCUCCGCCUCUACCACAAAACGGCUCAUCCGUGAGCUCAACGACUACACCAAAUCCCCCAACGAAGCUCUCCUACACCUCGGCCCCAUAAACGAUACGGACCUGUUGCGCUGGGAAGCAGUCCUCAAAGGCAUAAAAGGCACGCCAUACGAAGGCGGCCUCUGGCACCUAACUCUUACAAUCCCGCCAACCUACCCGCUCCACCCCCCAGCCAUAGCCUUUACGACCCGCAUCUGCCAUCCAAACGUCUCCUUUACGACGGGCGAGAUCUGUCUAACCCUUCUCACCACCGAACAUUGGAGCCCUGCAUACACGUUGUCGACGACAAUGUCAGCUAUUCAGCAGUUGUUGACGGAUCCUAGGCCCGAGAGCCCGCUUAAUGUCGAUGUGGCGGUGUUGAUGAAGAGCGGGGAUACUGUGGGAUGGGAGGGGUUGGUGAGGUAUUGGACAGAGGAGGAGAGGUGGGAGGGGCAUGGGGGUCAGAGAUCUCUCGAGAAGGGAAAACGAUGA